CACCCUCAAUGUUUGGUUGCUAUUUAUCAUUCACUUAAUGUAAACAGUGCGAGUUGGGCUUUUAUUAUUUUUUUAUUCUCAAGUCUGGUUGAUUUUAAUCAAAUGGUUUAUAUUAUCAGACUUCGUUAGGGGUGGAAAAGGUACGUAUUUUUGACAUGCUUUAUGAACAACCCUUAUUUGCUACAUCAACGGACACGCGUUUUGAAGAACGUUAUUCAAAUUAUUCAAAUCGACAGGACAUUGUUGUAUAAUAAUAUGAUUGAUUAUUGUAAUUUUAGACUUAAACGUAAGCAUUGUAAACUAUCUGGAUGGUACCGUAGCAGUUUACUUUCACUUUAUUAACUCUCUUGACAGCCACAUAUCCUAUUCAUUUCACGCCAGGUACUAUUUAUUCAUAAAAUAAUAAUGCUAUCUCUGUAUAGUAUAGGAAACAAUAAGUAGAAAUAGAAAAUAGACCAAUUAUUUUUUUUUAAGUCUGCUAUUUUUAACUAGAUCAAGAUGAUAACAAGGAAAAGUUGUGGGGAAAAAAGGCUUUGUACAUCAAAAAUAUAUUAAUAUAUUGGCCUUUUCUUGAAGGCUGUCAUUACUGUAAAGAAUUUAUUUUUUUAAAAUAUAUUUUUAUUUGGACGCUGGUAGGUUUUGUUGUAUUACAUAGCUGUUGAAUUUGUUUUAUCCUGAAGAUGGUGACUUUUGCUGUAUCCUGUAACUGUAUGUGAUGAGUUUAGGGCAAUCCUCCGAAAACCUGUCCCAAAUUCAAAACAUUGAUGAAAUGCAUUGAAUGAGCAGUUACUCUGGCAGCUCAAUCUCAAUCAGGUUUUUUCAAGUGCAUGGUCAAAUAUGAUAAGUGUCGCUCACCUACUUCAAGUGCUGUCCAAAAAUGUGUUCUUUUCGGUAAAUUGCCACUGGAGAGCCAUCCAUAAUAUUUUUAUUUUAUAUUUACAGGCAAUUAGUCUGAAAGACCACACAUUUUAUUCAGAAUCUUAGACGUUAAAAAUCUUGCUAAUGAAAAGUAUACUAAUCAAUGCAUUUUAUUAAUGUUUGAUUUUGGGACCAGCAUUCGGAGGAUUCCUGAGUUUUUUUUUGUAUAUAGGAUUUGAUGAAGUUUGUUGAAUUGUGACUAAAAACUGCUCUAAUGGGCAGGCCCAGAGGAAAAAUUUAACAAAAUAAGCAUGAGCUUAUGUAACCAGGCAUAAGACAUAAGACAAUACUUUCUAACCCAUGAGCUCUCACAAUGGCUGAUGAUCGAUUGCUGCUUCUAUAACUAAAAUGGAUAAUCCAUAGUGACCAAAAUUAAUAAUAAAAUGUGAAUCACAAGUUUUAUGUUAAUUAAUGGGAGAAAACUUUUGAAAACUAAUUUUAUAUCCCUCCUAUGGCCUAUAGAUUUAAAAAAACAAGGCAAAAUGUCACAUGUUUUUCCUUUUAUACGACUGAGACCUAAAAAAACCAAGCAAGAUGAAACGCGCUCAAUUAAGAGGCUCAGAAAAAACAAAAAUUAUCAAUCAGCAAUAAGAGAAGGCUUUUGAUAUUGUAUCCAAAACUGCAAAGGUGACUUUUUUCUUCACUUAAGUUCCACUAAAUGAAAAUGUUACCGGUACAUAAUUUUUGUCAUCAGAAAUGGACUCAGUCACUUUAAUCCAAUUAAAAUCCUCAAUGUUGCAAGCUCAUUACUACAUCUUUGGCUUUAGAUUCUCCUCUAGAUACCUUGACUGCAAAUGUUGAUACAAGUGUUUAAUAACUAGGAACAAGUUUUGAAGUGUGUCAUAGCUGUUAACAUUCAAAGCUGAAUGUGCCUUGGCUUUUGGAAGAAGGGAAGACAGAUUGGAAAAUUGCAGAAUGGGGACUUUUUAAGGCUGAGUUCAUUCCUUAGUUUAAACUAUUUUUAGCAGGUCACAUGUCCAAGUAUGGAAUAUCUAGCAAAGUAAAUCCCUCUUACCUGUCAAAAAUGGGGGUUUGUGCUCACAUUGUUGUUAAAGUCAAAUGUGGUGUACUUAGAUACUUAAAAAAUGGACAAAAUAUUGAAAGUUUUUUUUACUAUUUUGAGAAAUGAAAAGAAUUGGGAAGUUUUCUGGGAAGGAAAUGGUGAAUCUGGUUUUAAAUUACUUACGAGAAGAUUCUAAGCUUAAUUUGUAGAGGUCAGUCCUAUGACAAUGAUGCUAAAAUGUCUAGACAUUACUAGAAGAUGCAGGGAAAAAAUGAAACAAACCAAUUUGCUAUGUAUUUGUCUUUUGUAAACCAUACACUAAAUUUGAUAGGAUGGACUAUUGUUGACUGCAGCCGGUAGCAAAUUCUUCAAGUUUUAUUGGAAACAAACAUGUUUUAAAGUCCCUCUCUGACACUAGAUGGACGGCACAUAUUAUGACUACAGCAACAAUAUUGAAAUGAUGUACUAAAAAUUAACAAUAAGGAGAUACUAGAAGAGACGCAAAUAUUAUAGCCAACAAGAUGCAAGGAAUAGAAUUUAACAUUAUGUUGAAUAUUUGGAAUAAGAUUUUACAAAUUGUUCAUUUAAUAAGCAAAUUUCUACAGAAUUAGGAUAAAAGCCUAAAACUUGUGCAGAUCUCUAGGAAUUAUUAGGUGAUCAACUUUAUACGUCAUAAGAUAACUUUUAAAAAAAUGAAGCAACUAUUAAAGAAAUGCUACCAGAUGUGGAUUACAAGCUAUCUCACAAAUAUUUACAAAAAUUACCCAAUGAUGAUGAUAGCCCAGAAGUAUACCUAAAUGCAAUAGACAAAUUUUGCAUAAAUAACUUUUAUAAAAACCUGUUACACUACAAACUGAGAUGAGAAAAAGAGGAAAGGUAUAUAACGUAAUAACAGAGAGAUUACCCCUACUAGAUGAUGUGCCACAUACUAUCAGUUUAUUAUCACUUCAAAGUGACAUGUAUUUUCAGGGUUAUGGAAAAACGUAUUAAUGCUUACCCAGAGGACUUAAACUUAAACAACAGUUCAUUUUCUCAUUUAAAGUAUUUUUAAAAACUGAACAGAUAAACUAUGCAACAAAUUUGGAUGCUUUAUCUUUACUGGUUAUAGUUAUCGAAGUUUUACCCAGAGGACUUAAAAAUAACUUAAAACAGCAGUUAAUUUUCUCAGUUAAAUUAUUUUUCUUUAAACUCAACAGAAUAACUAUGCAACAAGGCAGGUUGGAUAAUUUAACUUUGCUAGUCAUAGAAGCAGAUGUGUUAGGAAAAUAAGCUUUUUAGAUGUGAGAAAGGACUUUGCAAUUAGAAAAUGUAUGAGAAAAUCUGUUUUCAAUAAAUAAUGUUAACACAUUUUAACAUUUUGCACUAUCUUAAGUGCAUGUUCUGUUUAUCUCAAUAAACUUUAUUUUACGGUUAAUGUUCCUUGAUAUUUUAAUUUACAUUUAAUAAGUGGACACCAAAAUUGUCAAGUGCUCUGCUAAUGGGUUAUAAACAAAUAUAACAAAUGCUAAACAUUGAGCUUUUUGUGCGAUGUCAGUGGAUCAUUCAGCUUAAUGGCUAACACAUUGACAUAUAUUUAACUGACCAUCAUGAGAAGUAGCCUGAUCCUAUUUUCUUAAAGAUACUUAUGUUUAAAUUUAAGAAAACUUGAAACUUUUUUUCUCUUAAUUUAAUCCUUAAUUUUUAGCCUUUUGACUGUAAUGCUUUCACUUUCAGUAGAACAAGUUGACAUAUGCAAAAGAUAGAUAUUUAAAGAUUUAAAUGUCCACCAGCAAUUUGGUAAAGGUCUGAAACAAAAUAACAUAUCAUAGAGCUGUUUAAGUGACGUGCUAGAUUCAUGGCACCAUUAUGGUUCCAUAAAGUGAAGAUGCAUGCAGAAGUGACCAAAAUUGACCAUAGGCUGUUAUAAUUUAAGAAAUUUUUCUCAAACAAAAAUACUUCAUGUAUUAAUUUGUUCUCUUCAAGUCACUUUAUCUUAGGACACUAAUGUCUCUCCGUAGGUAUUGUGUAUAUCAGUAUAAAACAAAAUGUUGUUGUUUUUUUACAUGCUCUUUAACUUUAUUUAUGUCAGAUUAACUUCAUGUUGACUUGUAUUUUAUGAAUACCAUCAUUGAUAUCUCUUUUUCUUCUUCUUUAUACCAUCUUUGGUAACUAUUCAUAUGGUAUAUUUUUUAUCCUAAAUAUUUCUUCAGUCACUUGUAAGUGUAUAUUUUUUAUAAUUGAUAUCUUUGGAAUACUUAUAUCUUCAAAUUAUUGCAUGUUAAAUGCUUACAUCAACCGUCUCUGAAAUCUCCACAGUCAUUUGAUCAACACCUUUGCCAGCAAACAAAAUAAAGCAUUUCCACGCAGCCUAUCAUGAGUUCUGACCCAAAAGACAGUUGCUCAUAUUACUUGAACCUUGGGGGCUUCCUAACUGAGUCCCUUAUCAGCCCCAUGUGGUAUCUGGACAUGUUCGGUUUCACAUCACACGUCAGAUUCAGGGACAGUGAUGGUUCAUGCCUCAAGAUGUUCUUGAACUUAUCAUUCAUGAACUGGUCAAAGCUUGACUCAUCUGGGAGCUUCACCUUGCGUCUUGCAAUUACUAUCCUAGAUAUCCAGGGCAAGGCACAGGACCGUUUAGUGGGAGAGAAGAUCUACAAAUAUGAUGGGAAUAAAAAGGUUAUUGACGAAUGGUCGAAAGAUCUUUUUACUGUGAGAUUAAAGCCAAAAGAAAUGAAAGACCAUGGGUUUUCGGCCGCAGACUUUCACACUUUGGUAAUCAAAUUCGAUGCAGCAAUAAUAUAUUAAUUUUUUUUUCCCUUAUUGUUUUAGUGACAUAAUUAGUCACCAAAGAAUGGUAACUGAUCUUUAAGCAUGUGUUUUCAAGAACAUUCCAUUAUAAAUUAUAAUAAUUAAAAAAUUAUUGAGUGAAUUUUGUCUAUCAUUUCUUAAAUACUUUUAAUGAGCCUACCUAAAUGAUCACCAUUAAAGUCAUUAUUGUCAUUAAGUGCUGAUUUCUAUGCUGGAGUAAUACUUUAGAUGUCAUGUGUUUAAAUUGUUCUAAUUGUAAAAUGUUGUUUUUGUUAAGAAUAUCUAUUUAUUUAUGUGCUGAAAAUGAAUCUGUGCAGUGUAAUCAAAAAACAUUUUCCAUUUAUUUGGAUCAAUAAAUAAUCUUAACAAUUAAGUUGAGUGUUGUUUGUUUUCAUGUUUUUGACAGUACGACUCCUUUUAGCCAUGGAGUGUAAUUAUGGUUGGCCUACAGUUCAAUCUGUAAAAUUUAUUUGAUCCUACAUUAACCGAGGAAAGAUUAUAUUUCUAGAUCAACUGGCUCUGUUAACUUAAGCACAUAGUUCAUGCUUCCUCAUCUCUGUGGGAGUCAGUUAGCAAAUGGUCCUGUAACAUUCUGACUAAUAAUAAUUUUUUUCUGAGUUUUAAAUACCAAUUUUCCCCUGAACUUUAUUAGCUUUUUUUUAAUGUCAGUGCAGUGGGUAAAAAACUGUUUAAAAGAUUUGAUGGCUAUUAUCUGUGUUUUAAUUUUAAAGUUUUUCAUGAAAUAUAUGGGAAUAUUGAAUGUGUGGCAUUAAAAACCAUAGAAUUUAUACUUACAAAUGAAACAAAAUAUAUUCUGUUUCUUUUUGCAUAAUGUAAUAAAAUCAAUGUUCAGAUAUUCAAGAAAUAUAGUUUUUAUUAAAAUUCUGAUAUGAAAUUUGUUUUUUGUGACAUAAAAAUCAAAAUGUAAGUAGCCGAAGUCUCUCUGUUUUUAAUGUGCUUAGCUUUUUUUUUUUUUAAUGAAUCUAAAAGGGAAUGUGCAACUGAAUUUUUAUAUUCAAAUCAAUUGAACAUUUUAUAGUUUUUACAAUUUGUAAUAUGAUAAACAAAAAAAAAGAGUAAUAAUUCACAGAUAAAUAUUUAAAACAAUUUUACAAGCUUUAUGAAAUAAAAUGUUUUCUCAUCAGGCAAAACAAAUGCUUUAUAUAAAUCAUAAUCAGUUCUAUAUAUACAAUUUAAUGACUAUUCGGUCGAUGUAUUACAGUUUUCAAUUGGGACGGAUUCUCAACAAACAUAAAUAGUUGAAACUCACACACAAACAAAGUUUUCAUUUUUUUUAAACCAUUAAGUAUAAAUGAAUGCUGCAUACAUGUAGGAUCACAUCUAAGAACAAAUAAUGAAAUAUUAAUGGUUAUUAUUUCCCAAGAGUCUAUCAAAGGUCAAUGGCCUGUAAGGGCAUUUUUUCAACAGAGGUGAUGGAAACCACUUUUUUUUUUUUAAAUAACCAUAUAUAGUGGAGCUUUGUUACUUUGUAAGUAAAGUUAUGUGACUGCCCCAUCAAUGUUGAGCCAAAAAAUGACUACGUUUUCUAGACACAAGACACUAAUGGAAGCCUGUAAAAUUGUAAACUUUAAGUGUGUCUGUAUGUUUAUAUAUUUGUAUUUUUCGAGGAUUGUACUUUUUCACUUGCUAUGCUGCAAGUAAAUAUAGUUUUUAUUACUGUAUAUUUAAUUUUGAAUUUUUUUAUGUUAAUUCCGAUAGUUAAAUUAAAUUAAAUAUUGUCAAUACCACUAGCUUUGGCCUAAUUGUUUUUUUUGUUUUUUUUCUGUGC